GCAUUUUAUCAACUUCGUCACGUAACCGACAUUUACAGACUCCUCAAGAUUCUUAUCAUGCAGUAGCCGGUAAAAUUCAAAAACUAUUAGAGUGUACUCUCAACUUAUUAAAUAAUAAAGGAAAGAAUCAAUUU